AUGGCGGCCACAGGGGGUGGGCCAUCGUCGGCAUUCAAGUCACCAACAUUCGACGAUAAUGUCGAGAUCAAAGUAGACGACGAUAUAGGCGCCGCAAGCAUAAGCCCAGCAGGUCGCGACGUGGUGCUUGCCAGUAAGAAUGGCCUCCGCAUCAUAGAUCUGGACAACAUUUGGUCUUUGCCCCUCUUCAUCCCAAACCAAUCUUCAUGGGACGUUGCAGACGUACAAUGGUCUCCUUUUGCAGCACGCGCCGAGUGGAUCGCGUCGACGCGCAACCAGCUUGCGCUUGUAUACAAUCUCUCCAUGCCUUAUAACAACAACAAAGCGCCCAUCGAAUACACCUUACGCGCACAUGACAGGGCUAUAACAGAUAUCAAUUUCUCUGCGCAUCAUCCCGACCUCCUGGCAACAUGUGGCGUAGACAGCUUCGUCUUCGUACAUGAUCUUCGCAGCCGGCAAGCGCCGUUGAAACUUGCCGACUAUACAGCAGGAGCGACCCAAGUCAAAUGGAACCGCCAGAACGACAAGAUAAUCGCCAGUGCACACGACAAAUACCUUCAUAUAUGGGACACUCGUCAUGGGGCGAACCCUCUUUCUACCAUCACCGCGCACACCACCAAAAUUUACGGCAUCGACUGGAAUCGUAAUGACGCGAAUAAGAUUAUGACCUGCUCCCUCGACGCGACUAUCAAAUUCUGGAACAAUGUAGGCUUGAAAGACAACAUCACUGUCCCCCGUCGUGUCAUUCGCACUCAUUACCCAGUUUGGCGAGCGAGACACACGCCCUUCCCGCACGGUAUCCUAGCCAUGCCGCAACGUGGUAACUCCUGCCUUUGGCUUUACAAGCAUGUCAACGAUAGCGACCCGUCGACUUUCACCAAUAGUCAUGCAAACGUCUUUCAACAGCACGACCCUGAUGCGCAAGUUCGCGAAUUUCUCUGGCGCACACGUGGCUCUACCGAUGACGGGUUCGACAAUCGCGACUUUCAAUUGGUUUCCUGGGGCACAGACAGGCGUCUAGUGCUUCAUAAGCUGCCUUCUGAGGAUUUAGAGAAAUGGGUCGGUCACCGCAAAGGCGAGCCACUCGUGGAAAAGCCCAGCACGACGCGGAAAGGCGCUACGUACGUUUCGUAUCGGGAUGGGCCUAUACCUACCACUACUGCCAGCACACAGGACGAAUUUGGCCCUCCCCGUGCCCAGCGUAAAGGCAAUCUGUCCGCUCUUCUACAGAACUACUCACUCAACGAAGAAACCUACCCUCCGCGCUACCAUGGGCAAACGCAUCCUCGUAUACACCCUGAGACAAUUCCUCGAGAGACCAUGACUGCCCGGCCGAUUCGGCGCAAUGACCCACGCGUCGUUAACCACAUGAAGUGGAUCAACGGCGUCAAAUUUGGGGGUGAUCGCCAUAACAAUGUUGACGACCAUGCUCGGCCCAACCAUUACGAUCGCACCGAGAAGCAGCCGUAUCAAGAGCAGAAUGACCUUGGUGCUGAGAUUUCUUACGUGGGCAACAAAUACAAGAAGCUGGCUUUCGAAGAAAUCGAUAUUCCCGGACGCCACAUCAAGGUUUCCUUCAAUGGUCCAUGGGGUGACUGGGAUACAGCCACGAAUGAGCCGAAACUUGUAUUCCUCCGGUUCACUAUCAGGUUUCCGGUCUCAUACCCCAAGGCCGUCGAAAGGCAACAGUCAGGCACCGUUGUUGGUAGGGCACCGACCCCAUUGGACAUCGAGUUUGAGAGAACAACAGCCACGAUCAGCAAGGACAACCAAGAGGAACUAAUCAACAACAUGCACCGUAUUGCUGAAACCUGCGCAGACCAACAGCGAGAAGCUCUGGAGGCGGUCCUCUCGUAUGCGUUGGGUGAGCGAGCACUGGACGACAGCCUGGACCUGGCCGAGGAUGAUGACCCGCUGGAAGACCUUGGACCACUGCCUGGGGAGAGCUCUAGCGAGGAUGAAGACCAUGAGGGCGAAUUCACUGAUGACGUGAUGCAAUCCUCUCAUACCAAUGCUAAUAUCCCUCUGCCCAUCCAGUGUACGGCACGGUUCUCGGUAGAUGGAUCCCUCGUCGUCGCAAGGAUACCCACCACAAAGACGAUGCCAGGCUCAGAAGCAUUCAGAUUCCAGAUCACCAAGACUCUUCGACAAGGCGUCCUGAAGAAUGACAUCUUUGAUUCGUUUGGCCAUUUCACCUCUCGACGUCCUGAGGCUUCCGACGGCGCAUCAUCACCAUCCUCGUCGGUCGGCUCGUGGGAAACAUCUUCCACCCCAUCAUCCUCAUCCGGCUCCGACCACGCAGGGAAUGCACACAUAGGAAACUUUCAACCGCCACUGGCUUGGCAAAAGUCGGCGUCCCGAUAUCAGUCGCGGAACUCAUUACCGUCUUCGACCAGCGUGGGAAAGCAGGCAGUCAAGACUAGGUCCACAGUGUCCAUACUCUUCUCAGCCACAGAUGAUUUGGUUCCCAGUAAGCGUGAACUGGCGCAGGAAUAUCAAAUCUUUGGACCUGGACCCAUGAUAUGCGAGCACAACUCCGAGGUAGCUCGGAAGUACGGUUACGACGACCUAGCGGAUAUCUGGAUCCUUUGCAAGCUGAUUUUGAGUAACGAAGUGCCAUUGGAGAUCUUACCUCAAAAAUAUCGGAGAGAUCAAGUUCUUGUGCUUGCCCGGAGAGCUCUUGUGAGGAUCAAACGCAAGGACAGUGGACUGGACCUUCAAUUCGAUGAGGCAGACACAGUGACAAAUCCUAGGCUCAAGGCACGUGUGAAAUGGGGUCACCACAUUGUUGUUACAUGGCUGAUACCUUCGCUCUUUGACCACUUCGAACGCUUAGCAGAUACACAGAUGCUUGCUAUGCUGUCAUGUAUUUUUGCGGAACCUGCUGCCCGUGAAGGUGUGACCUCAGCUAUGGCUAAAAUGCGGCAAUCUCAGCUUCCCAUGUCCAUGGAAGCACCCGCCUUUUCCUUGGACUAUUUUUCCUCGGUGGACGCUGCGUGGAGUCUAUUCCAGCCUACGAUCUCUGUCCCAUCUACACCGUCGCAUUCACGCUCUGCGACGCCAGCUAACGAGUUUGCGUGGCAAAGACUAGCCAAGAAUCUCGACACAUAUGGAAGUCAUGGAAGUUCAAAUGGUCCGUGGGGCAGCGAUCAUGUCAGCUCUGAUCCCGUCACCCCAUACUCUACUGGCAACACUCCGCCUGUCUUGUCUAGAGCGUCUACGGUGAGAACUGCGCAGACGGCCAAUCACACACCUUACGGGACAUCGCCGGAGCAGAGUCACAUAGCCCAUAAGAAAAGCUCUACAGCAAAUUUCGCAAGUGCCGUUGCCGCAUUGUCGCGUCCAUUUGCAAACGCAAUCUCCUCUUCACCGCCGGUGAGAUCACGCAUGGAUGAUCUUUCGACAUCAGCACCCACCAGCGGUGUCACCUGGGGAACAACCACGUUCUAUGGUAGUGACUCCCAUGACCAGAACAACAUGUCAACCUCACGCUCAAAACACGGCAAGCGAGCGAGUUUCGGACAGUCUGAGCAAGUCAAUGUCAACUACAUCGACGAUUCCGAUUCCGAAUAUGAAAGAGUCGAUGACGAUGGGCCUUACAUUACGACAAGCACAAGAGAAAACAACGCGCCUGGCCCACCUCGAGAUGGCACAGGUAACAAAGGAUCUAUCAAGGUCACGCUCAAGAAUCAAGACCAGUUCGAUGAUGAGGCAUGUUUCAGUCGUCCACUACUAGACACAUGUAAAGACUGGCUGUAUCGGGCCUGGCGCGAGCAGUAUGCUGAGAUGCUCAGCCGCUGGGGCCUGGUCAGUGUACGAGCUGAGGUUCUCAAAUUCAACGGCCUUGUGUCAUAUUUCCCGACCGAAGCUCCUCGUACCGUCCAAAAACAUGGCUCAGUAUCUCUCGCACUCAAGCAAUCCGCAGACGAAGAUGGCGAAGAAAAACAGACGAGGCAUUUGUCACGGGCUUCAUCCACACUGGUGCCUCCAACUCCCACCACGGCGCAGGUGAAGCGCUCACCUGGUCUAUCACCACACCACUUCUCCUUCAACCCAGAGGCGAUGGAAUUUCAGCCUGGAACAUUUGCCAGCGGCCUACCGGAGGAUUUCUUACCGAAUCCUGACGCAUUCAUUCCCGCCGAGCAGUAUCUUCGUCUUUCAAUACCCGUCCCAACUCCGACAAAGGAGCUAGAAGAGAGUGUUGCUGGUCUUGGCACUUCACCUGGCCAAAGUAGACUGCAGCCACCUCCGAGCAGAGCGAGCAGGCCGAGCUUAUCGCGAGGCACAUCCAACGUCUCUGCCGGUUCCUCAUGGCGCGAUGGUCGCUCGCGCACGAACCUUACCACCACGCCUCCCAAGCCCACUAAGACAGAACCCGUAUACAGUUGCAGCGUCUGCUGGAUCCGUGUCUCAGGCCUUUUCCAUCUCUGCCCUUCGUGUGGACACGUCGCGCAUAUGGACUGCAUGGACGACGAGAUCGGCAUGGACGAUGGGGAAUGCGUAGUCGGUUGCGGCUGUGGCUGUGGCCUUGAAGACGACGAUGAGCGCAGCAGAAUGGAGGCUUAUAUCGAGGGAGUGCGCGCCGCGAAUGCUGCGGGUAUCGCAUGGGAAGAGGGCAGCGAGUGGCUGCCUAGUGGAACGACAACUCCUGCCCUGUAUGCCGAGAGUGCGUACAGUGAUUUCAUGACGGGCGGUGCAAGCAAGGUAGCGAGCACGGGUGAAGAGAAGAGGAAGGAGAGGCUGGGUGGACGCAGUAAUGUUGUCAGUCCUACGCCUACCAAGACGAAGAAGAAGGUAAAGAAGAAGGUGAGGGCUUCGGGUUUGAGCUAUUAUUGA